UUCCCUUUGCCCGCUUGCCCGCUUUCAGAAUCGGUCUCAUACUCCAUGACUUCUGUCUCUACAGUCCACAACUCGGUCAUAGAAAUCAAUGUGGAAAAGUUAUUAAAUGAGCUGUCAUUCGAGUUCACUAUGUUGCGUACAAACGCCUAGCAUGUAAUUCAGUUUUGCAUGAGACACGAAACUCCUUUGCAAAUCCCUACAAGGACUAUAAAACUAAAUGAAUAUUUGAGAGAAAAUACAGUUUGAGCACAAAUUUUGUCAUGCAUGUGGUGACCCUAAAGCCAAACCAUCCUAUCUUAUUGACAAAAACCUGGAAUCUGCUGUCAAAUUCAUAGUCAGGAAGUUUCCAGCAGUAGAAACACGCAACAACAAUCUUGCUCAGCUCCAGAAAGAAAAAUCAGAGAUUCUGAAGAACCUGGCAUUAUACUACUUCACGUUUGUUGAUGUUAUGGAAUUUAAGGACCAUGUUUGUGAGCUGCUGAACACUAUUGAUGUUUGCCAAGUCUUCUUUGAUAUUACUGUAAACUUUGAUUUAACAAAGAACUACCUAGACUUGAUUAUAACCUACACAACUCUAAUGAUAUUGCUGUCUCGAAUUGAAGAAAGGAAGGCUAUCAUUGGAUUGUAUAAUUAUGCCCAUGAAAUGACACAUGGAGCAAGUGACAGAGAAUAUCCACGCCUUGGCCAGAUGAUUGUGGAUUAUGAAAAUCCUUUAAAGAAAAUGAUGGAGGAAUUUGUACCUCACAGUAAAUCCCUUUCAGAUGCUCUGAUUUCACUCCAGAUGGUCUAUCCUCGAAGAAAUCUCUCAGCUGACCAGUGGAGAAAUGCACAACUACUGAGCCUCAUCAGUGCCCCCAGUACAAUGCUUAAUCCUGCACAGUCUGACACAAUGCCAUGUGAAUACCUCUCUCUGGAUGCAAUGGAAAAAUGGAUCAUUUUUGGAUUUAUUUUGUGCCAUGGAAUCCUAAAUAGUGAUGCUACAGCUUUGAACCUUUGGAAACUUGCACUUCAAAGCAGCUCUUGCUUGGCCCUGUUUCGAGAUGAAGUAUUCCAUAUUCACAAAGCUGCAGAAGACUUAUUUGUGAACAUACGAGGCUACAACAAGCGUAUUAAUGACAUCAGAGAGUGCAAAGAAGCUGCUGUUUCACACGCCGGUUCAAUGCAUAGAGAGAGACGCAAGUUUUUACGUUCUGCACUCAAAGAACUGGCUACUGUCCUGUCUGAUCAGCCAGGCCUUUUGGGUCCAAAGGCACUUUUUGUAUUUAUGGCAUUAUCCUUUGCUCGUGAUGAAAUUAUUUGGCUUCUUCGACAUGCAGAUAAUAUGCCAAAGAAGAGUGCAGAUGAUUUCAUAGAUAAACACAUAGCCGAGCUAAUAUUCUACAUGGAGGAGCUCAGAGCACAUGUGCGAAAAUACGGACCAGUGAUGCAGAGAUACUAUGUACAGUAUCUCUCUGGCUUUGAUGCAGUGGUUUUAAAUGAGCUUGUUCAGAAUCUUUCUGUAUGCCCAGAGGAUGAAUCAAUCAUCAUGUCUUCUUUUGUAAACACAAUGACUUCACUAAGUGUGAAACAAGUUGAGGAUGGAGAGGUAUUUGACUUCAGAGGAAUGAGAUUAGAUUGGUUUAGAUUGCAGGCCUACACCAGUGUUUCUAAAGCUUCGCUUAGUCUUGCAGACCAUAGAGAGCUAGGAAAAAUGAUGAACACAAUCAUUUUCCACACAAAAAUGGUAGAUUCUUUGGUGGAGAUGUUGGUUGAAACAUCAGAUCUUUCUAUAUUUUGUUUUUAUAGUCGUGCUUUUGAGAAGAUGUUUCAGCAGUGUUUGGAGCUUCCCUCUCAAUCAAGAUACUCAAUUGCAUUCCCACUGCUUUGUACUCAUUUUAUGAGCUGUACCCAUGAACUGUGCCCAGAAGAGCGACAUCAUAUUGGAGAUCGUAGUCUUUCCUUGUGUAACAUGUUCUUGGAUGAAAUGGCAAAGCAAGCUCGAAAUCUUAUCACAGACAUUUGCACAGAACAAUGCACACUGAGUGAUCAGUUGCUGCCAAAGCAUUGUGCCAAAACUAUCAGUCAAGCAGUGAACAAAAAGUCAAAAAAACAGACUGGAAAGAAAGGAGAACCUGAAAGGGAGAAACCAGGAGUAGAAAGCAUGAGGAAAAACAGAUUGGUUGUGACAAACCUGGACAAACUGCACACUGCACUUUCUGAGCUCUGUUUCUCAAUCAAUUACGUACCAAACAUGGUGGUCUGGGAACACACAUUUACCCCAAGAGAAUAUUUAACAUCUCACCUGGAAAUCCGCUUUACCAAGUCAAUUGUUGGAAUGACUAUGUAUAAUCAAGCAACACAAGAGAUUGCAAAGCCUUCAGAGCUGUUAACCAGUGUAAGAGCCUAUAUGACAGUGCUCCAGUCAAUAGAAAAUUAUGUACAGAUUGACAUUACACGAGUAUUUAACAAUGUUCUGCUUCAGCAAACCCAACAUUUAGAUAGUCACGGUGAGCCAACCAUUACCAGCCUGUACACAAAUUGGUAUUUGGAAACCUUGCUACGGCAAGUCAGCAAUGGUCACAUAGCCUAUUUUCCAGCCAUGAAGGCAUUUGUGAAUUUGCCUACAGAAAAUGAAUUGACAUUUAACGCUGAGGAAUACUCUGACAUAUCAGAAAUGAGAGCCCUUUCUGAACUUCUGGGACCAUAUGGCAUGAAGUUCCUAAGUGAAAGUCUGAUGUGGCACAUUUCUUCACAGGUUGCCGAGCUUAAGAAACUUGUGGUGGAGAAUGUUGAGGUUCUAACACAAAUGAGGACCAGUUUCGACAAGCCAGACCAGAUGGCAGCACUCUUUAAAAGAUUAUCAUCUGUUGACAGUGUUUUGAAGAGAAUGACGAUUAUUGGUGUUAUCUUGUCUUUUCGGUCGUUGGCACAGGAAGCACUUAGAGAUGUCUUAUCCUACCACAUUCCUUUCCUUGUAAGUUCCAUCGAGGACUUUAAAGAUCACAUUCCGAGAGAGACUGACAUGAAGGUGGCAAUGAAUGUAUAUGAACUGUCAUCAGCUGCUGGAUUGCCAUGUGAGAUUGAUCCUGCCUUGGUCGUAGCACUGUCUUCCCAAAAAUCAGAAAACAUUAGUCCGGAAGAAGAAUAUAAAAUUGCUUGCCUUCUCAUGGUCUUCGUGGCAGUCUCCUUGCCGACUUUGGCUAGUAAUGUGAUGUCUCAGUACAGUCCCGCUAUUGAAGGGCAUUGCAACAACAUUCAUUGCUUGGCAAAAGCUAUCAACCAGAUUGCUGCAGCUUUAUUUACCAUCCACAAGGGAAGCAUUGAAGACCGUCUUAAAGAAUUUUUGGCUCUUGCAUCAUCUAGUCUACUGAAGAUUGGCCAGGAGACGGACAAAACUACUACAAGGAAUAGAGAAUCUGUUUACCUACUACUAGACAUGAUUGUGCAGGAGUCUCCAUUCCUGACAAUGGAUCUCUUGGAGUCUUGUUUCCCUUACGUCUUGCUGAGAAAUGCAUACCAUGCUGUCUACAAACAAAGUGUUACAUCCUCUGCCUAACUAUCUACUUACUGGAGAUAAGACAUAGCACGCAUCUAUGUGGCCUCAGUUUUAUCUGUAAACUGUGGAGCUAUUUUACUUUAUAGCCUGAUGAACAGUUUUGUGGAUUAUAAACUUUUUCCAUAAAGUUGUAUUUCUGAUCAGUGGUUUCUUAAUAUGGUUGUACUACAAUAUAAGCUUGGUUGAUUUUAGGUUGCACAUUCAUGGAAACUAUUUUUUCUCCCUUUUUUUUUUUUUUGUUACUUUAGAGGAUCAGUUAUGUUUAAAAAUUACGACUUCUGCUAUAUGUUUUUUGAUAUUGAUCAUGCAAAACAAAAAUUGCUUGUUUAUUUCCAGAAGAAAAAUGUAUUUAGUGAUUAUUUUAGAUAGUGUAGCUUUCAUCUGUGUGUAAAUUAUUUCAUAUAGGGAGAGUUAUAAUCUUGUACCUAUUGUUCUUAUUGAAAACAAAUAUUGGAUGUGCAUUUCUGUGAAGUAAUUACAGCAUUUCUAGUUUUAUUUUGAAACAUUCACGAAUCUACGUAAUAUGACACUAUCUAACAUUAAAAAUGUUAUACUAGGACUGCUUAUCCUUCAGACAGAGAUCCUCUUCUGAUACUCUAAACAACAGCAAGUGGUGUUGUUUGUAUAAAGCAUAGUGGAAAUUUUUUUUAAACUAACUUCUGUGGUGCCCUGUUGGCAUUAACACUACCAUUGUACCCUGCUGUAUAAUAAACAUUCUUACACAUUUAUCACAUGUUGAUAAAAUGUUAGCCCUUAACCACUUUUUAUAUGUUUUAAAUUUUUGAAAUUCAAGUGUACCUUCCAUAACAUACAAUAAACACUAGACUGUAUUAUCUGUAGGUGAAUUAUUUUUAAUAUAAAUGUUAUCCUAGUAUUUUAAGCUUAAAACUGUGCUGUUGUGCAUUGAUUUACAUCUCACAGUUCAUUAAAUAUCAAUCCUUAGA